AUGGGUGCUUAUUGUUGUUCAAGCCAAGAGCCGACUAGAGACGAUUUCUCUAUUGAAAAUGAAGUUAAAGAUAGCAAUGUAGUCGUUUUUAGCAAGCCAGGAUGCACAGAUUCUUUGAGAGCUAAAACACUUUUGUAUUCUAUUGAUGCCCUGCCAAAAGUAAUUGAAGUAAAUAAAAGAACUUAUUAUCUAAAAGAAAAAUUAUACUGAAAAUAAUUAAUUUAUUUUAUAUUUAAAUAGUCAAUUCUAUUGAUAUACAGAUUAGAGGCUUAGCUUUCUGAUUUUUAGUAUCUUAUUUUUAUUAUAAAAUAUAAAGCUAGAAACCAAGCAAGAGUCUUUUCCGUAUGUUUUUAUUGCUGGAAAAUUCAUAGGAGGCUAUGAAGAACUUCAAAAUCAAAUAAAUAAAGGAACAAUCCAGAAAAUGCUUAAAGAUGAAAACAAUAAGCAAACUCAGUAG